AUGACUGAUAAAAAUAGAGACUAUUUAGCUCUUGAGAAGGAUGACAUUGCAAAUAAUUUUAGAAAAAAUAUUUCUUAUUCUUUUGGAAAUAAAUAUGAGUUCCAAGCAAAAAAAAUAUCUAUAUCAAGAUCUUUUUCUUUAAAUGAUUUAAAAAAAGUCCAAGAAAUUGAUAAUAUUUCACAAAUACAUAAAAAUAUUAACUAUCAUGCGUCUUUGGUGCUAUUUGAUGAAAUAGAAAAAUCACUAGAAAAUCAACAGAAUCUUUGCUUUAGAUUGCUUAAAAAAGAAUAUCUUAAAAAAUUGUCUAUAUCAGAAAAUCUUAUGACACAAGUUUCAAAUAUACUAGAAAAAUUAGAACUAAUAAAUAAUGAUGUAAAGAACGCAUGUAAAAAUAGCUAUAAUUUUAGAAUCGAUUAUGAAAAACUUAUAAAGGAAGAACAAAAUAUGAUAAUACUAGAUAAUCAAAUUACAGAAAAUCUUGAAGUGUAUGAUUCUCUUGAUAUGGCUUUUAAAUUAUUAAAUACAUCUGGGAUUGAAUUUAUUAAAAAACCUGAAUUUUUUAAUAUUCUUAAAAAAUUAGAUAAAGGUUUAUUAAUGAUGAAGAAACAUCCAGAAUAUAAGGAUUCUAAAAUGUAUAGUAUAAAGUUUAAACAAUGUUUAACAAAAGCUAUGACAUUAAUUUGUAUUUUUUUUGUACAAAUAAUGAAAGAAUUAAAUGAUGAAAUUGAUAAGAAUACAUCUUAUAAGGAAUCUGAUAAUAUUAUUCAAUCUGCAUUGUUAUAUAGAAAAUUUCAUGUUCGCGCUUUUCAAUUAAAACCAUAUAUCAAAGAAAUAGAAUUAAGGGUUAAAGAUCAUGAUGAGUAUCAUAUAUUAAUUAAUGAUUGUGAAAAUUCUUACCUUGGAAUAAGAUACAGAUUAAUUAAUCGAAUCAUUUUAGAAAAAUUAAAUAAAUUAUCAUCAAAUAAAAAUGUUAUUGUGUUUACUAGGUUAAGUAUUACAUUUUUUCAAAGUCUUUGUCUUGAUGAAUUUUCUCUCUUUCAAGAAUUUUUUGAAAAUGAGUAUUCGAAAUUUUAUCAUUUUUCUCAAAAACUAUUUAAGCCUAUAUCUACUUAUUUGCAAUCAAAACUAGAUAAUGAACCAAAGUUAUUAUUAUAUUGUGAUAUUUUAUCUAUUAUUAAGACACAAUUAUUUCAGGAUACUGAAAAUGAAAUUUUAUCAGACACAUACUCAGAUAGUCAUAAAUUAGACUUUACUAUCAUAUUUAGUGAAAUUAUUCAAAUUCUUGAGUCUCGGAUUGUACUUGAAGUUCGAAAUAUAGCUAUAUUAGAAAUUCAGAAUUUUAUUCCUACUAAAAAUGAUUUUAGUCUUUUUAAAAAUUUAGAAAAAAAUGAUAAGUCUAAUUCAUUACCUACAGAAAUGUUUGAUAUAGAAAAAGAAACAUUAUUUAAUAAUGUUUCUAUUACUGGAUGGUAUCCUACAUUAAACAAAACAAUUUCAUUAUUAUCAAAAAUAUAUCCUAUAUUAAAUAAUGAGUCAUUUACCAAUGUUGCUUAUGAUAUUAUUAAAUUUUGUAUUUCUUCUCUUAUUCGUGCAUCUAAAGUACAAACAGAUAUUUCUAUUAGAGAUAGUCAACUUUUCCUUAUAAAGCAUUUAUUGAUAUUAAGGGAUCAAGUAUUGGAGUUCAAUGUAAAUUUUUUUCGUUUUGAAUCAGAAAAGAAUAUUAGCACAGCCACUACUAAUUCUAUGGAUACUUAUAAUAAAACACAAUUAUUUAGUCCAUUGGAGUUUUGCAAAUCCACAUGGACUAAGAUCUCUAGAUUUUCAAGUAAUGAAAAGGAUGUGUUUACUGAAUUUAAUUCUGUACUUCAAACUGCAAUCAAUACAUCUAUUGAACAUUCUUUAAAGCCGUUUAUGGAAUCUAUUCAAAAAAUACAAAAUAUUAAAAAUCCAUCAAAUGAUGUUAUUCAAGCAAAAAUUAGUGAAUCUCUUGUACUUAUUGAAAAAGAAGCACCUAUCCUUAAACAUGCAUUUUUAAAUUAUAUUGAAAACUUUCAAAUUAUACACAUUUUUUUUACUGAAAUCAUUAAAGAAUUUUCAAAAAAACUAGACAAAAUAAAAGAACAUCUUCCAUCUCAGUCUUUAACAACAUGGUCUCAAACAAAUCAACUUAUCUCUUAUUUAACUAAUUUUUUGUUAUCUGGUAACACAAUAGAAAAUUUGUAA